AUGAAAAAUCCUCCGUCCUCAGGCACAAAUUUGUCACCUUUGAACAUUGUUUCACCUGAUCGUAAUUCAAAUCUCAACACACCAAAUACACCAUUGCGUGCUCCAAACAAUCUUACUUCAUCCUCCUCAUCAUCCACACAAAAUCAUAAUUAUGAUUCAUCACAACAAAAUUCUUGUAUUUUAGAUGGACAUCUCUAUAUUGACUUACCAAUUCAGAGUAAUGUUCAGUCUGAAGAUAUUGCUAAUGUGCCUGUUGAGUUUGUUGCUAAGAAUGGAGGUGGACAUCUUAUGAUUAAAAAGGCCAAGGCAGGAAUUCACAAUCUUAAGGUUUAUUCAACAAUUCAUGUUGAAGAGAGAGAACCAAGACAUGGCAAUGAAGAUCUUUUAAGCACUAAUUUGAAAGCAACAAUGGCUAAAGAGUUCGAAGCUCUUCAGAAGAACAAAACUUGGACUCUUACAACUUUGCCAUCAGACAAGACCUUUAUAGCAGCAAGUAGAUAUGGCAUGGUGAUUACCGGAAGCAGCUCCAUUGAGGUGAGAAGGUUGAUUGGUAUCAUGGAAAAGUGUUCCCACUCAAGGAUCAUGGAUGCUUGCAUUACUCUUGGGGAUAUAAAUACUAAGAAUAGAAGGGUUAAGAUGCAAGAUUCUAAGGGAUUAUCUUCUUCUAUUGUUAGCCCACCUGCACUCUCAAUAUUUGUUGGUUACCCUAUGGAAAAUCCAACUCUUUAUAGGCUUGUAGUAGACAUAGAUGAUCAAAGAUCAACAAGUGGCUACUGUAUUUUCUUGGGCCCAAAUCUGAUAUCCUGGAGUUCCAAGAAGCAACAAAUUGUCUCUAGAUCGAGUACGAAGCUAGAGUACAGAUCCUUAACACAUGCAAUAUGUGAUGUGGUUUGGCUUCAAUCCUUAUUGCAAGUACUCAAGCUGAAUGGGGUUAAUAAACCUCAUGAACCAAUGAGAUCUCAUACAUCGAUGUCAUCAAGUCAGCAAAGUCUGACGUCCAACUAUGCACAAGGGACAGACUACAUGCAACUCAAUGCAGAUUACUUUAUGAUGGUGCAUAAACGGAAGAUAAAAGAAGGUUGCAGCCGCAAGCAUUGA